UUGGAGGAAUUCUCUAACAUCUGACAUUGCAUCUGAAAAUUGAGGUCAAUGUUCCAGUCAGAUUGAGGCGAUACGUAACUGAUGACAUCAAUGACGACGACCUUGAAAGCUGUCGUUCUCGUUGGUGGUGCACAAAAAGGUACACGUUUUCGACCACUUUCACUACAGCUUCCGAAACCGCUAUUUCCGAUCGCUGGGGUGCCACUUGUCGAACAUCAUAUUGAGCAGCUUUCAAAGGCAAGUUUUAUAACGGAAAUUUAUUUGAUUGGAUUCUAUCCCGCGAAAUACUUUUACGACUUUAUCCAAAAAUGUAUGGAUACAUAUGGGAUUAGAAUCAGAUACCUGGAAGAACCUGGGGCACUGGGCACAGCAUGUGGUUUAUACCACUUUCGUUCAGUCUUACUUGAGGACAAUCCAAGUGCACUAUUUGUGCUUAACGCUGAUGUUUGUGGUGAUUUGCCAGUUGCCGAAAUGGCCCAUGAACUAAUCGUGAAACAUAACGCUCAUGGAUUAUUACUCACAACCGAGGCUACCCGUGAACAGUCCAUCAACUAUGGCUCCGUCGUAAUUGAUCCGAAUGGAAAGGUUCUUCACUAUGUCGAUAAACCAACAACUUUUGUCUCACCGCACAUUUCAUGUGGUGUUUACUUGCUACGCGCAAGUGUUGUUGAAAGGAUUGGUAGAGUACGCAGUUAUUCAGAUGCAAAGCAAGUUUGGUUUGAAACCGAGAUUUUUCCACAGAUGGCUUCAGAAUCCGUACUAUAUGCACUAAAAACGAAACGUUGGUGGAGUCAGACGAAAACCGCUGCUGCAGCACUUUAUGCAAAUCGCCAUUACCUACGUUUAUAUCAUGCUUCUGAUCCAUCACGGCUAUGCCAUGACAGGGCACAAAUCAUUGGUGAUGUUUUCAUCGACCCCACUGCUGAGGUUCAUCCAAGUGCAAAAAUAGGUCCGAAUGUGAGUAUUGGUGCGAAGGCAAAAAUUGCAGCCGGUGUCCGUGUUCGUGAAACUAUUGUUCUAGCGGAAGCAAUAAUCAACGAGCAUGCCUGUGUACUACAUUCAGUAAUCGGAUGGCGCAGUGUUGUUGGUGCAUGGGCACGUAUAGAAGGUACACCAAUUUCACCCAAUCCAAACAUUCCGUUUGCUAAACUGGACAAUAAACCAUUGUUCAACAUUGAUGGCCGUCUUAAUCCAUCACUAACUAUUCUUGGAUCCGACGUUCAUGUUCCUGCUGAAACGGUUAUUCUUAAUUCCAUCGUUUUACCAUACAAAGAACUCACAUCCAGUUACAAAAACCAAAUAAUACUGUGA